AGUAUUGUACCGUAGCAAAACAGAUCGGCUGCCCCCAGCCGGGAUCAUCAUUUUUAUAUCGACGUAAAACAUGUGCUGCGAACUGAUUAAGUCCGGAGCGGCCAUGCGCGGGGGAAAGUAAGGGAACAUUAAAAUGCCUACAUGUCGUUGGCGAGGUCACUCAAGGACGGACUUCAAUUUCACGCCCAAGUUAUAAAAUCUGGGUUUACACCGACUGUUUUUACCAGCAACCAAUUGAUUCACUUGUACUCAAAAAAUGGCCUUAUCCGGGAAGCUUAUAGGCUGUUUGAUGAAAUGCCUGAACGAAACGUUUAUUCUUGGAAUACUGUUAUAAAUGCUUAUAUAAAAGCCCAGAACUUGUCAAAUGCGCAAAAUCUUUUCGACGCCGUCCCGGAAAAAGAUUCUGUUACAUACAAUUCCCUGAUAUCUGGCUAUGCAAAUAGGGAUGGUUUUGAGGAUCGCGCUGUCAGAUUAUUUCUUCAAAUGCAAAAUGACUGCGAUGGCGUUCGAAGGGAUGAGUUUACUCUGACUACAAUGUUAAAUUUGACGGCCAAGUUAAGCGCUUUGUCAUGGGGCCAGCAACUUCAUUCUUUCAUGUUGAAGACAGCUAAUGAUUUGAGUGGGUUUGCUGUCAGCUCUCUCAUUGACAUGUACUCGAAAUCUGGGAGCUUUCCUGAUGCUUGGACGGUGUUUGAGAGAGGCAGUUCCUCGGCGGUUGACUUGGUUUCCAAGAAUGCAAUGGUGGCGGCUUGUUGUAGAGAAGGCAAAUUGGAUUUGGCACAGAAUCUUUUCUGGAGUAAGCACCAGAUGAAUGACAGUGUAUCGUGGAAUACGAUGAUUGCAGGGUUUGCCCAGAAUGGGCAGGAGGAGAAGGCAAUUGAAAUGUUUAAAUGCAUGGCGGUGGAGGGAUUUAGCUGGAAUGAACACUCAUUCGCCAGUGUUUUGAGUGCUUUUUCCAGCCUCAAGGCUUUAAAGAUGGGGAAGGAAAUUCACUCUUGGGUUGUAAAAAAAGGGAUUGAUUCGAAUCCAUUCAUAAGUAGUGGGAUUGUUGAUCUUUACAGCAAGUGUGGAAAUAUGAACUAUGCAGAAUUUGUUUAUUUAAAGAUGAAGGUUGAGAACUCCUUCGCUGUUACAUCUAUGAUUGUAGGAUACGCAGCAGAAGGUAACAUGGCAGAAGCUAGGAGGCUUUUUGAUUCGUUAGCAGACAAGAAUUCUGUUGUCUGGACUGCUAUGAUAUCCGGCUAUGUGAAAACCCAGCAAUCAGAUGAUGCUUUUGAGCUUUUCAGGCAAUUCAUGGAAAGGGAUGCAAGAGAUUACGAUGCUUUACUAUUUAUCAAUCUACUUGGUGCCUGCACGACACAGGCCAUUGUGGAUCCUGGAAAGCAAAUCCAUGCGUACAUAAUGAAAGUUGGAAUUGAAAUUGAUGAGAAAGUAGUCACUGCCGUGGUUGAUAUGUAUUGUAAGUGUGGGAGCAUAGGGUAUGCGGAAAGAAUAUUUCAAAAUUUGGCCUCCAGAGACCUUAUCCUUCACAAUGUGAUGAUAGCUGGAUAUGCUCACCACGGGUAUGAAUACGAAGCACUCCAGCUUUUUGAGGAGAUGGUAAAGAGAGGGCUUCAACCUGAUGCAGUGACUUUUGUUGCAAUUCUAUCUGCCUGCCGCCACAGUGGUUUAGUUGAAGUGGGUGAAAAUUAUUUCUCUUCCAUGACUGAAGAUUACUCGAUACUACCAGAAAGGGACCAUUAUGCCUGCAUGAUUGACUUGUACGGAAGGGCUAAUCAACUUGAAAAGGCCACAGUAUUCAUGGAUAAAAUUCCAAUGGAACUAGAUGCUAUAAUUCUGGGCACAUUCAUAAAUGCCUGCAAAAUGAAUAGAAACGUGAAACUUGCGAAUGAUGCGGAGGAGAAGCUACUGAAAAUUGAAGGAGACAAUGGGGCUCGAUAUGUGCAAUUGGCUGGUGUAUAUGCCUCAGAAGGAAGAUGGGACGAGAUGGGAAGAAUAAUGAAGAAGAUGAGAGGGAAAGAACUCAGGAAGCAUACUGGUUGCAGUUGGCUGCAAGUUGGUAAUAGACGUCAUACUUUUAUCUCCAAUGACAGGUCUCAUUCGGAAACAGAGGCUGUGCAUGCCAUGUUAGAUUGCUUGAUUCAGGAACUCGUGGCCAGUAUCCAUGACGAGGAAGAGCUCAGCCAGUAAUCUAUCUGAAUGCCAACGUGCUGCAACGGCCGUGUACGAUCUGCCCAGAUGUGAGCAGGUUAUAAGUGGGUAAAGAGAUUCGAAGUGCCCUUCUUCCAUGGAAUGUGGAUCACCACUAAUGCAUGCGAUGAAUUAAACAUCUAUUAGCAUCGCAUGGGUGCCACUGGAGGAAGAAGGUUUUUGUUCUUGACCUCCGAUUUUUUUUUUUUUUUAAUUAAUUAUUAGGACAGCGCAACAGAUGAUAAUAAACCAUCAUGUUGGACUCCAAACCUCGCGACAUUGAAUUAGCUUCGAAGCAUUGAACGCUGGAGACAGAUGCCGCGCGUAUUCUAGACGCAGAAAAAAGCAGUUGAUAUGCUUGGAUGAGGAAGGCUGGACUGAAGUCACCAAACACGGAAGUUUGUGUUCCAGCAGACUUUCGGCUACCCCAAAAUGAGGCAGCGAGAGGCCAUUUUUCUGCACCCCUCUUUUAACAUGUAAUUGGUCUGCUAAACCCUGUGACUUAAUCAGAUGGGAAAUUUCUGAAUAAAUAACCCCAGCAUUGAACAUUUCAACCGAGGACCGAUGAGAUGCAUCACAUGCAAUCAGAAGUUUACGGAUGGGAUACAUCCUGUUAAUCAGGAGAAAUUUAUGAAUUUGGUAAUAAAUACAAACGGGAUACAAUUGCUCAAUGAGUUUAUAAAUACACUGAGAACACGAGAAGAGGAAGAUGUACCCAUUCUUGAGUUUUACACUGUUUAUAAUAUUGGGGUAAAUAACUCACUCCCUUCUAAACUACAUAUCCUUCGACCCGCUUGAGCUCAUAUUCUGUUUAAUCAGUGACAGAGAAUAAAUUCUGCACCUGCAGCUAUUCACACCACAACUGGAUUAUGAUGUAACUCACAACGUUGAUGGGCAGAACACAGGUCUGGCACCAAAAUACGCCAAUCUCGCACCAUCUGGAGGAAAAAUGGAAAUCAGAAUCAAAUUCAUGAAGAGAGCUCUUUCCUCACCAAAAGAUUCAAGGCCAAAGAUUAAAAUCUAACCCCCAAAAAAAAAAAA